UAGCAUUUCUUAAAAACAAUUAAACUGCUCUUGCAGUUGCAGGCAUGGCAUGAGAUGGAGAUGAUCCUUCUACAUGCACAUUCAUCACCGUAUUAUAAAUUUAUAAUAGACGGUCGAAUUUCUCAAUCGCAGAUAUGGAGAAACUGAAAUCUCUGGUUCCAGACAGCCUAAAGCGGAUGGUGGCAGCGAGCACUCCUGAUGAUCUUCCGCGAACAUGUUCUUCUCUUCUUAACUGUUUUUCUCAUUUGGAGCCCUUUCAUCAGAUGGUUAAAGAUUUGACGGAUCGAGAAAGGGUUCUCUGUGGUAAGAAUAAAGAUGCUGCUAUGGAAUUGAAGCAAAAGGGUAAUCACUGCUUCUUCAUUGGAGAUUACACCACGGCUCUGACUUGCUAUUCCCAGGCACUACGACUCGCUCCAAUUGAUGCUGAUGACAAGGAAAAAAAUCUAGUUGCAACUUUGUAUCUCAAUCGGGCUUCUGUGCUGCAUAAAAUGAACCUUUUGGCAGAGUGCCUACGAGACUGCGAUCGAGCUCUUCAGAUUUCUACAAGCUAUGCCAAGGCAUGGUAUAGGAGAGGUAAAGUAAAUGCUUCUUUGGGAAACUAUGAAGAUGCAGCCCGUGACUUGAUUAUAGCUAAGACUUUUGAAUUAUCAUCGGGUGGAAGGAGACAAAUAGAAAGUGAACUCCAGAUAAUUUCAGACCAAUAUAAGAGGACAGAGGUUUCAAUGGUACCACAUAAUGAGAAUAAUUUGGAUAUUUUGGAUGAGCAGCACCAAAUAAAACUUAAGUGUGUAACCACAGCAAAUAAAGGAAGGGGUAUGGUUUCACCAAGUGACAUCCCUCCAGCUUCCUUGGUUCAUACUGAAGAACCUUAUGCCAUGAUAAUAUUGAAGCAUUGCCGGGAAACUCAUUGCCAUUACUGCUUGAAUGAACUGCCAGCAGAUAUAGUCUCCUGUACAUCAUGCUCAAUACCAUUGUACUGCUCGCAGCGCUGCCAAAUACAAGCCGGAGGACAAGUACUCAGGGAUUGUCUAGUGAACCAUGGCAUUCAUGAAAAUCUGUCUGAUAAUCUUAAAACAUAUAUUUCAGAGAUUGUGUUAUGCACAGAAUCUGAACCACAUGUUGACAUUCCUGAACAUAAGCAUGAAUGUCAAGGUGGAAACUGGCCUGCAAUAUUUCCAUCUGAGAUAGUUUUG